AUGUCUUCGUCUCGAACGCAAGCUGUUCAAUCCAAGCCUCCAAAACAAAGAUCGAAUUAUCUCAUAACCUAUAGUCAAUGCGGUAAUUCAGGUCUAAGUAGACAAGCAUUUGCCCAGAUAUUACUCGAUGCGUGGAAUGACUCCUGUCUCUCAAAAAUAAUCCAGUGGGUAGUCAGUGAAGAAAUGCAUCAGGAUGGUGGCAAGCAUUUCCAUAUGGCAUUGAAACUGGACAAGAAAACAAGGUGGCUGGCCGUCCAGAAUUUUCUUGACAUGCGUCAUGGAAUCAAAGUGAACUUCUCAGAUAAACACGAUAAUUACUUCAGCGCGUAUAAAUAUGUAGUAAAAGAUGACGCAGAUUAUGUCCUGUCUGAUAAUCACCCUGAUCUCACAAAUGCCACUGCAUCGCGAACAACCAAUGCGUCCCAAAAACGUAAGGGGACCGCUAAGAAGAACGCAUGGCAGUUUACGACGUCGUCCGGAUAA